AUGUUGCGUGUUGUGGCUUACGUCUGCGCUCUCCUGGCACUGGCACACGGACAAACCACCAAUGUACAGUCGUGUACUAUGGCCAAUGCACCAUUGCCGAUCAACGCGCACAUUGUUGGCUGUGUGGAGCCGCCAUGUAUCAUUCAGCAGUACUCUUAUGUGGGGAUUAACGUCUUAUUCCGAGCACCGCGCAACAUUCAAACCAUGACUACUGUUGCGACAGCACAUAUACGCAUACCAUUCCCUUACCCUCUUGGAGACGCCGCACAGACAUGCAAUUACCUCACUAACAGCUACUGUCCUCUUGUCGAGGGUGAGGUAGUGCAGUACACUCUACAUAUGUUCAUCGAGAGCUCAUUCCCCGCGGGAACCAGUCUACCAGUCGAAUUCAGGGUUAAUGAGGGUGGAUUCUUAGGUACGCCAAUCUGGUGCAUCCGUGUCCCCCUGACAAUUGUUCCUCCACUCUCCAGUUCUAAUAUGUCUGCCGGCAAUGCUACUGUAGCUGACAAAGUAUAA